GUAAAGCAGUUUGCUUAAUGUCACAACAAAAUAAAGCAUGGAUUAGAAACAGCAUUGCAGUUUCAGACUUAAUGCCUUUGUGACAUCUCAUUGCUAUGCAAAUGAGAUUCAAGGAGGUCAUCCCUUUAGCAGUUGCUCUAGCCCUGGUAUCUACUUGAUAUUCGUUGGCCAAACUUACUAAGCAUUCAUUACUGAGCUAUCCUGGGUGUUUAACUCUUUGUUAGCUUUGGACUUUCUAUCUGAGGCUGCUGAGCUUAACAGCUCCUUCUUGGGAACUCCUCCUUAUGAGUAAGGCUUUUCAUUUUAGGGAUCUCCUUGCAACUCUCUUUUGCUUCUUAGCAUUACGGGUGCCUCAGGAAAUGGAGUACUCAUAUUUAAAAGAUACACUUAAUUAUAUGCCAAGACAGUAUUGCAAAAGCUCAUUUGUGAUGUGUUUCUUUGCUGCUUCAAGUAUUUUUAUGAUUGCAGAAUACUUUAUUUUUAGAUAGAUAUUUUAUUUACUUGCAUCUGUGAUGAGUUCUUAAAGAUAUUUCACAGAAAAUGUGGGUCUGUGCUGGUAAAUGUUCAUGUAAUACUUUUUUUAAAAUUAAAUUUUCUGUAAUUCACAUUUGACUUCAUCUGAUUGAGCAGAUGUGUUAAUAGUUACUCAAGAUGGAGGGAUCCUAUUUUAAUUCAGUAAGAAUCAACUACCUUUAGUGAAUACAGAAUAUUGCUGGUGUUUCAUUUACUUAGUUAAAGGGUGUUAUUUAUUUAUCAGUCAUUCGUCUGAUAGAUGUUUUUAUUUUAAAAUAUGCUUGUAAAAGUACAAUUUUUAAAAAAUUCCCAUUUGAAUGAGCCUUUUGCAGUUUGAGAAACUUUCCAUGUUUUAAAUGGUUAACUAACUGAGUAAUUAUUCUCUUUAUAUUAUUUUGAUACAGCGGAGUUAUUUUUACACACCUGCAGAUACAAAGCUGUCAAGACAAUGAGUUUGCCCUGAGAGUUUGUCUAAAAUAGCUGCUAACUCAAGGAAAGCACACUUUACACUCUUAUACUUGAUAUAAGAAAGCUUAGGAACUGGAAAGAAGGACAUUCAUCUUACACCGUGAGCUUUUACACACUGAGAAAUAGAAUGAUGACAUUGAUGGCAAAGGUGAUUUGAGCGACUAUUGUGUUUAAGAUUGAGAACUCUAGGAUGAGAAUUUGACUCUUUUCAAGGAUUAAGAACACUUCCCUGGAUUAAGGUAUUGAAUCAAACAAAAAAUUCUUUAAAGAUGUUCCUUUAGACUUUUAUAAACCAGACCUUUCCAAAGUGUCUUAUCUGUCUACUGAUGGUGAGGGACUGCUCAGACAUCUGAUAAAGACAGGCUAUCUUGAAUUCUGCUGAGAGAGGCAUUACUCCUUCACAAUCAUGAUAAAGGACAAUAGAAGACUACUAGUGGUUAAAAUAGUGGAACAGUAUUUGAAUGGCAACUUAAGUGCAAUUUUUAAAGUAAAAGCUUAGAACCACCUUUUUUUUUUUUUUUGGUAGGAUCUUUCAUCUCCUAUGCUGUUCUUCACUGACACAUAAUUGUUCUCAGGAGCCUAUCAUACUGUGGAAGCUUGCUGGGUGCUAGGAGGUCAAGGAGAUGAAUAAAUCACUGUUCUUGACCUCAAGGAGCUUAAGGUCUAUGGAUGAAAUAAGGCCUAUAGGCAAUUAUCAAGAGAGAAAAAUUAAUAUUGCUGUAGUUCAGGUGUUCUGCUUGUUACAUGAAAGUGUGUUUCUGAACUACCAGGGAAUUGGUUUCAUAACUGAAUCUUAUGGUCACCCCUGCAAAUAGGACUUCUAUUCAGUGCUGGUACAUCCUGAUAUAGGAGCUGGGCAUGAAUUAUUAUUCAAUAACUACUACUUAAAGAGUCAGAGUUCUGAGCGUGAUGCUCUUGAUCUGUCCUAGCAAUUCGUAUUUAUCCAAGGGACAAUUAGAAGGAAAUGUUAUUUUAUUUAGUGGAUGUGUUCUAGGGAAAAAAAAAAUGUGUACUUUUCAGAGGAUUUUUUUUUAAAUUGUGGUAAAAUCUUUCACUUAAACUUUACAAGUUAUUUUUUGUAAAGAAACAAAUAUAAUUUAUGAGUUGUACAUUUGGGAUUAUGAAACAAUGCUAGAAAAGUAAAAUCAGGUAAUAGUUGUAUUCUUUUUGUAGAUUAUCCUAGUGCCUGGAAGCUGCCCGUUUCCUAUUGUCUUCCUUUUUCCACCUAAACCAGUGUUGAGUACAAGAGCUGUUGAAUUGAAGUCAACCAAUAUUGAAUAAAAUGAAAAGAGGAGACAAAGAGACUCCCAAAUCGCUGCUCCUUUUUGUGUUCUUUUGCCCUUGCUGGGUGUGACGUGCCUCUUCUGCAACUGCUGAAGUAAUUCACCACACGUUUUCACUCUGUCCUCAUUUUUUCCACCUGGCAGAAGCGUGAAGAAAGAUUACAGACACAUGGGAUACCUCUGUGUUGGCUAUGAAGAAAACCAAUUGUUUGAUUGUGAAAUGAAAUCAAAACCCGAGAAAAAACACUAUUUUUAAGGAAGACUUACUAUGAAAGUUAUUGUGAGAACUAAGUCCUGUUUAUAUGAAAGUUAUUGUGAGAACUAAGUCCUGUUUACCACAGAAGGACAAAGGUUUUUAAGAAACUGAGAUUGCCACUUCGUGAGGCCCUUCUUGUUACCCUGGUAGCUGGUAUCUCAGACAGUGAAUGAAGGAUGGAUCAGACAGGCUGGAGUUUUGAUGCACAGUUCUUUGGGUACUGCAGGAGGAGCCCACUGAGAAAUGUGCAUGGCGGGCAUGCCUGCUGAGUUUAUUAUGCUGGUUAUCUGUCACUUAUUCUGACUAAAAGAGGAAAAUUUUGUGUCUGUGCAGAAUUGAAAUAUGAACUGAACCACAGGCAAAAGAAUCUUAGCAGAUGGAAGUAUGAUGUGAUGGAUAUAAUUAUGGGACACUGUGUGGGCGCACGGCCUCCUCCUUGUUGCCUCAUCCUCCUGCUUUUCAAGCUUUUGGCCACCGUCUCCCAGGGGCUGCCGGGGACUGGGCCCCUGGGCUUCCACUUCACACAUUCCAUUUAUAAUGCUACCGUGUAUGAGAACUCAGCAGCAAGGACCUACGUCAACAGCCAGAGUAGAAUGGGCAUCACCUUAAUAGAUCUGUCCUGGGAUAUCAAAUACAGAAUAGUGUCCGGAGAUGAGGAAGGCUUUUUCAAAGCAGAGGAAGUCAUCAUUGCAGAUUUCUGUUUUCUCAGAAUACGAACUAAAGGUGGCAAUUCUGCCAUAUUAAAUAGGGAAAUCCAGGAUAAUUAUUUAUUGAUAGUAAAAGGUUCUGUCAGAGGAGAGGAUUUGGAAGCAUGGACCAAAGUGAAUAUACAGGUUUUAGAUAUGAAUGAUCUGAGACCUCUGUUUUCACCCACAACAUACUCUGUUACCAUAGCAGAAAGCACACCUCUAAGGACUAGUGUCGCCCAGGUGACUGCAACAGACGCAGAUAUUGGUUCCAAUGGAGAAUUCUACUACUACUUUAAAAAUAAAGUUGAUCUCUUUUCAGUUCACCCCACGAGUGGUGUCAUCUCCUUAAGUGGCCGAUUAAAUUAUGAUGAAAAGAAUAGGUAUGAUCUGGAAAUUUUGGCUGUGGACCGGGGAAUGAAACUGUAUGGAAACAAUGGAGUGAGCAGUACUGCAAAGCUUUAUGUUCACAUUGAGCGCAUAAAUGAACAUGCCCCAACAAUCCAGGUAGUCACUCAUGUUCCUUUCUCAUUGGAAAAAGAGCCGACAUAUGCAGUGGUGACGGUUGAUGACUUAGAUGAUGGAGCCAAUGGAGAGAUCGAAUCUGUUUCCAUCGUGGCUGGGGAUCCUUUAGAUCAGUUCUUCCUGGCUAAGGAAGGAAAGUGGUUGAAUGAGUACAAGAUUAAGGAGAGGAAGCAGAUUGACUGGGAGAGCUUUCCCUAUGGCUACAAUCUCACUCUUCAAGCAAAAGACAAGGGAUCUCCUCAGAAAUUUUCAGCAUUAAAGGCAGUCCACAUUGGCAACCCCACAAGAGACACUGUCCCUGUUAGAUUUGAAAAAGAAGUGUACGAUGUGAGCGUAAGUGAAUUUUCCCCUCCUGGUGUCGUGGUUGCUAUAGUAAAACUAAGUCCUGAACCGAUAGAUGUGGAAUACAAAUUAUCUCCUGGUGAGGAUGCAGUGUACUUCAAAAUUAAUCCUCGGUCAGGUCUGAUUGUUACAGCACAGCCACUGAAUACUGUUAAGAAGGAGGUUUAUAAACUGGAGGUGACAAACAAGGAAGGAGAUUUAAAAACACAAGUCACCAUCAGCAUAGAAGAUGCGAACGACCACACCCCAGAAUUUCAGCAACCACUCUACGAUGCUAAUGUGAAUGAAAGUGUUCCGGUGGGAACCAGUGUUCUAACAGUUUCAGCUUCUGAUAAGGAUAAAGGGGAAAAUGGGUACAUCACCUAUAGUAUCGCUAGCCUGAAUCUGUUACCAUUUGCCAUUAACCAGUUUACAGGUGUUAUUAGCACAACUGAAGAAUUGGAUUUUGAAUCCUCCCCAGAAAUUUACAGAUUCAUUGUUAGAGCCUCUGACUGGGGUUCGCCGUACCGCCAUGAAAGUGAGGUCAAUGUGACUAUUCGAAUAGGAAAUGUCAACGACAACAGCCCUCUCUUUGAAAAAGUGGCUUGUCAGGGAGUUAUUUCAUAUGACUUUCCAGUCGGUGGACACAUCACAGCAGUCUCAGCGAUCGAUAUUGAUGAACUUGAACUUGUAAAGUACAAAAUAAUUUCUGGAAAUGAACUUGGCUUCUUUUAUUUAAACCCAGACUCUGGUGUUUUACAGCUUAAAAAAUCACUGACAAAUUCUGGCAUUAAAAAUGGCAAUUUUGCCCUCAGAAUUACAGCAACUGAUGGAGAGAAUCUUGCAGACCCCAUGUCUAUAAACAUUUCCGUCCUACAUGGGAAGGUGUCUUCAAAGAGCUUCAGCUGCAGAGAAACUCGUGUGGCUCAAAAGCUGGCAGAGAAGCUGCUCAUUAAGGCAAAAGCAAAUGGGAAACUGAAUCUGGAAGAUGGAUUUCUUGACUUUUAUUCAAUUAAUAGGCAGGGACCAUAUUUUGACAAGUCUUUUCCUUCUGAUGUGGCUGUAAAGGAGGAUCUGCCAGUUGGUGCUAACAUUCUGAAGAUUAAAGCCUAUGAUGCCGACUCUGGCUUCAAUGGAAAAGUGCUAUUUACAAUAUCAGAUGGAAAUACGGAUAGUUGCUUUAAUAUUGAUAUGGAAACUGGGCAGCUGAAAGUCCUUAUGCCCAUGGAUCGAGAACACACAGACCUCUAUCUCCUUAAUAUCACCAUCUAUGACUUAGGUAAUCCACAGAAAUCAUCAUGGAGACUGCUGACCAUCAAUGUGGAGGAUGCUAAUGACAAUAGCCCAGUUUUUAUUCAAGACAGUUACUCAGUUAACAUUCUUGAAAGUUCAGGUAUUGGUACUGAAAUCAUUCAAGUGGAAGCCAGAGACAAAGACUUAGGUUCUAAUGGUGAAGUGACUUACUCAGUCUUGACAGAUACACAGCAGUUUGCCAUCAAUAGCUCAACUGGAAUCGUUUAUGUAGCCGAUCAGUUGGACCGGGAAUCCAAAGCCAAUUAUUCUUUGAAAAUAGAAGCCAGGGACAAGGCAGAAAGUGGUCAGCAACUGUUUUCAGUUGUCACUCUUAAAGUUUUUUUAGAUGAUGUCAAUGACUGCUCCCCGGCUUUCAUUCCCAGUAGCUAUAGUGUGAAGGUUCUUGAAGAUCUCCCUGUUGGCACUGUCAUUGCUUGGCUUGAGACCCAUGAUCCAGAUCUUGGAUUGGGGGGUCAAGUACGCUAUUCCUUGGUCAAUGACUAUAAUGGGAGAUUUGAAAUAGAUAAAGCAAGUGGGGCCAUCCGCUUGAGCAAAGAGCUUGAUUAUGAGAAACAGCAAUUCUAUAACCUUACUGUACGGGCCAAAGACAAAGGGCGGCCUGUCUCUCUGUCAUCUGUUUCCUUUGUUGAGGUGGAAGUGGUGGAUGUCAAUGAAAACCUCCACACUCCCUAUUUCCCAGACUUUGCUGUUGUUGGAUCUGUAAAAGAAAACUCACGCAUUGGAACAAGCGUGCUGCAGGUGACUGCUCGAGAUGAAGACUCCGGAAGGGAUGGAGAGAUCCAGUACUCCAUCAGGGAUGGCAGUGGUCUUGGAAGGUUCAGUAUAGACGACGAGAGUGGGGUCAUCACUGCCGCAGACAUUCUUGAUCGGGAGACAACGGGAUCAUACUGGCUAACAGUGUAUGCCACAGACAGGGGUGUUGUUCCACUCUGCUCCACCAUUGAGGUCUACAUUGAAGUUGAAGAUGUGAAUGACAAUGCCCCGCUGACCUCCGAACCUAUAUAUUAUCCUGUUGUCAUGGAAAACUCUCCAAAAGACAUAUCUGUCAUUCAGAUCCAGGCUGAAGAUCCUGACUCUAGUUCCAAUGAAAAACUGACAUACAGGAUUACAAGUGGAAAUCCUCAGAAUUUUUUUGCCAUCAAUAUCAAAACAGGUCUGAUUACAACAACUUCAAGGAAAUUGGAUCGAGAACAGCAGGCAGAACAUUUUCUGGAGGUGACUGUGACGGAUGGUGGUCCCUCUCCAAAACAGUCAACCAUCUGGGUGGUGGUUCAGGUUCUAGAUGAAAAUGACAACAAGCCCCAGUUCCCAGAGAAGGUCUACCAGAUCAAGCUGCCGGAACGUGACCGAAAGAAGAGAGGAGAACCCAUUUACAGGGCUUUUGCAUUUGAUAGAGAUGAGGGCCCCAACGCAGAAAUCUCCUACAGUAUUGUGGAUGGGAAUGACGACGGAAAGUUCUUUAUUGACCCUAAAACUGGGAUGGUUUCUUCUAGAAAGCAGUUUAUAGCAGGGAGUUAUGACAUCCUAACGAUAAAGGCAGUGGACAAUGGGCGCCCACAGAAAUCCUCCACGGCCCGCCUCCACAUUGAAUGGAUUAAGAAACCACCCCCUUCGCCUAUACCAUUGACCUUCGAUGAGCCGUUUUAUAACUUCACAGUCAUGGAAAGUGAUAGAGUGACUGAAAUUGUAGGGGUGGUGUCUGUGCAGCCAGCUAACACCCCUCUGUGGUUUGACAUAGUUGGGGGGAAUUUUGACAGCGCUUUUGACGCAGAGAAGGGUGUUGGGACAAUUGUCAUCGCAAAACCUUUGGACGCAGAGCAGAGGUCCAUCUAUAAUAUGAGUGUGGAAGUCACUGAUGGGACAAAUGUUGCUGUCACUCAGGUAUUUAUCAAAGUGCUGGAUAAUAAUGAUAAUGGCCCAGAAUUCUCUCAGCCGAAUUACGAUGUGACAAUUUCCGAGGAUGUGCUUCCAGACACAGAGAUCUUGCAGAUUGAAGCCACAGAUAGAGAUGAGAAGCACAAGCUGAGCUACACUGUUCAUAGCAGCAUUGACUCCAUCAGCAUGAGAAAAUUCCGGAUUGACCCUAGCACUGGCGUGCUCUAUACUGCCGAGAGGCUGGACCAUGAGGCCCAGGACAAGCACAUUCUCAACAUAAUGGUCAGAGAUCAGGAGUUUCCUUAUCGAAGAAACUUGGCCCGAGUCAUUGUGAAUGUGGAGGAUGCUAAUGAUCACAGCCCUUAUUUUACCAACCCACUGUACGAAGCGUCUGUGUUUGAAUCUGCUGCUCUGGGAUCAGCUGUUCUGCAAGUGACAGCUCUGGACAAAGACAAAGGAGAAAAUGCAGAACUCAUAUAUACCAUAGAAGCAGGGAACACUGGGAACACGUUUAAGAUCGAACCGGUCCUAGGCAUCAUCACCAUUUGCAAAGAACCAGACAUGACGACGAUGGGUCAGUUUGUCCUAUCCAUCAAAGUCACAGAUCAGGGAUCCCCGCCAAUGUCUGCCACUGCAAUUGUGCGCAUUUCUGUCACCAUGUCUGACAAUUCUCACCCCAAGUUCAUUCACAAAGACUACCAAGCAGAAGUAAAUGAAAAUGUUGACAUUGGAACAUCAGUCAUUCUAAUCUCUGCCAUCAGUCAAUCUACCCUCAUUUAUGAAGUCAAAGAUGGAGACAUUAAUGGGAUCUUUACCAUAAAUCCAUAUUCUGGAGUCAUCACCACUCGGAAGGUCCUGGAUUAUGAGCGCACAUCCUCUUAUCAGCUCAUCAUUCAGGCCACCAAUAUGGCAGGAAUGGCUUCCAAUGCUACAGUCAAUAUUCAGAUUGUUGAUGAAAAUGAUAAUGCCCCAAUUUUUCUCUUUUCUCAGUACUCAGGCAGCCUAAGUGAGGCUGCCCCAAUUAACAGCAUUGUCAGGAGCUUGGAUAACAGCCCACUGGUGAUUCGAGCCACAGAUGCUGACAGCAACCGGAAUGCUCUGCUUGUGUAUCAGAUUGUGGAGUCGACAGCCAAAAAGUUUUUCACGGUGGACUCCAGUACAGGUGCAAUUAGAACAAUUGCCAACCUGGACCAUGAAACCAUUGCCCAUUUCCAUUUUCAUGUGCAUGUGAGAGACAGUGGUAGCCCCCAACUGACUGCAGAGAGUCCCGUUGAAGUCAACAUUGAGGUGACAGAUGUGAAUGAUAACCCGCCUGUUUUUACUCAGGCUGUGUUUGAGACUGUCUUACUUCUACCUACGUAUGUCGGAGUGGAGGUUCUGAAAGUUAGUGCCACAGAUCCUGACUCUGAGGUACCCCCUGAACUGACAUAUAGCCUAAUGGAAGGCAGCUUGGAUCAUUUUUUAAUUGACUCAAACAGUGGAGUACUUACCAUAAAAAACAACAACCUCUCCAAGGAUCACUAUAUGCUGAUAGUUAAGGUAUCUGAUGGAAAGUUCUACAGUACCUCCAUGGUCACCAUCAUGGUUAAAGAAGCCAUGGACAGUGGCCUCCACUUUACACAAAGCUUCUAUUCCACCUCAAUCUCAGAGAACAACACUAACAUAACCAAAGUUGCUAUUGUCAAUGCAGUUGGAAACCGCCUUAAUGAGCCCUUAAAAUACAGCAUCUUAAACCCAGGAAAUAAGUUCAAGAUAAAAUCUACCUCAGGGGUCAUUCAGACGACUGGAGUCCCCUUUGACCGUGAAGAACAAGAGUUAUAUGAGCUGGUGGUAGAAGCCAGCCGUGAGCUGGACCAUCUGCGUGUGGCCAGAGUGGUGGUCAGGGUUAACAUUGAAGACAUAAAUGACAAUUCUCCAGUCUUUGUGGGCCUCCCAUACUAUGCUGCUGUUCAAGUGGACGCAGAACCUGGAACUCUGAUUUAUCAGGUGACAGCCAUUGACAAAGAUAAAGGUCCAAAUGGAGAAGUGACGUAUGUCCUACAGGACGACUAUGGCCACUUUGAAAUUAACCCUAAUUCAGGGAAUGUUAUUUUAAAGGAAGCAUUCAACUCUGACUUGUCCAACAUUGAGUAUGGAGUCACCAUCCUGGCCAAGGAUGGUGGAAAACCCUCUUUGUCUACGUCUGUGGAGCUUCCCAUCACUAUUGUCAACAAAGCAAUGCCUGUGUUUGAUAAACCCUUUUAUACAGCAUCUGUCAAUGAAGACAUCAGAAUGAACACACCCAUCCUAAGCAUCAAUGCCACCAGUCCAGAGGGCCAAGGCAUCAUAUAUAUCAUUAUCGAUGGGGACCCUUUUAAACAGUUUAACAUUGACUUUGACACUGGGGUCCUGAAAGUUGUUAGCCCUUUGGAUUAUGAAGUUGCAUCUGCUUACAAGCUGACAAUAAGAGCCAGCGAUGCCCUCACUGGUGCUAGGGCUGAAGUCACUGUUGACUUGCUAGUUAAUGAUGUAAAUGACAAUCCCCCUAUUUUUGAUCAGCCCACAUACAAUACAACACUAUCAGAAGCAUCUCUUAUUGGGACACCUGUUUUACAAGUUGUCUCUAUUGAUGCAGACUCAGAAAACAAUAAAAUGGUACAUUAUCAGAUUGUCCAGGAUACCUACAAUAGCACAGAUUAUUUUCACAUAGAUAGCUCAAGUGGCUUAAUCCUGACAGCACGGAUGCUGGACCAUGAGUUAGUACAACACUGCACUUUGAAAGUCAGAUCAACAGAUAGUGGCUUCCCAUCACUGAGCAGUGAGGUUCUGGUUCAUAUCUACAUCUCUGAUGUAAAUGACAACCCUCCAGUUUUUAAUCAGCUCAUUUAUGAGUCAUAUGUGAGUGAAUUAGCCCCCCGGGGCCAUUUUGUAACCUGUGUACAAGCCUCUGAUUCAGACAGCUCUGAUUUUGACCGGUUGGAAUAUAGCAUUUUAUCUGGGAAUGACCGGACGAGCUUUCUGAUGGACAGCAAGAGUGGAGUUAUCACAUUGUCCAACCACCGGAAGCAGCGGAUGGAGCCUCUGUACAGUCUCAAUGUGUCUGUCUCUGAUGGGUUGUUCACUAGUACUGCACAGGUGCAUAUUAGGGUACUUGGGGCUAACUUGUACAGCCCUGCCUUUUCACAAAGCACAUACGUAGCUGAGGUGAGAGAGAACGCGGCUGCAGGAACAAAGGUAAUUCAUGUUCGAGCCACAGAUGGUGAUCCAGGGACUUACGGGCAGAUCAGCUAUGCCAUCAUCAAUGACUUUGCCAAGGAUCGAUUCCUCAUAGACAGCAAUGGGCAGGUCAUCACCACAGAAAGGCUAGACCGGGAAAACCCUGUAGAAGGAGAUGUUAGUAUUUUUGUGAGGGCCCUUGAUGGUGGAGGGAGAACAACUUUCUGCACUGUGAGAGUGAUUGUUGUGGAUGAAAAUGACAAUGCUCCCCAGUUCAUGACAGUGGAAUAUAGAGCCAGUGUCAGGGCAGAUGUUGGAAGGGGCCACUUGGUCACUCAAGUUCAAGCCAUAGAUCCCGAUGAUGGAGCAAAUUCAAGGAUUACUUAUUCCCUCUAUAGCGAGGCCUCUGUUUCAGUGGCUGACCUCCUGGAAAUCGAUCCUGACAAUGGCUGGAUGGUCACAAAGGGUAAUUUUAACCAGCUGAAAAAUACAGUGCUUUCGUUCUUUGUCAAAGCAGUAGAUGGGGGCAUCCCAGUAAAGCACUCUCUCAUUCCUGUCUAUAUCCACGUCUUGCCCCCUGAAACAUUCUUGCCAUCAUUCACCCAGUCUCAGUAUUCCUUUACCAUUGCAGAAGAUACAGCCAUUGGGAGUACAGUGGACACCCUGAGGAUUUUGCCCAGUCAGAAUGUCCGAUUCAGCACAGUUAAUGGGGAACGGCCAGAAAAUAACAAAGGAGGCGUCUUCGUCAUAGAACAGGAAACAGGCACCAUUAAACUUGACAAACGCCUUGACCAUGAAACCAGCCCAGCUUUCCACUUUAAAGUAGCAGCCACUAUACCCCUGGACAAAGUAGACAUUGUGUUUACUGUGGAUGUAGAUAUCAAGGUAUUGGAUUUGAAUGACAACAAGCCAGUCUUUGAAACUUCAAGCUACGACACCAUUAUAAUGGAAGGGAUGCCUGUUGGCACCAAACUCACACAAGUGAGAGCUAUUGAUAUGGACUGGGGCGCCAAUGGACAAGUCACUUACUCCCUCCACUCGGAUUCCCAGCCCGAAAAGGUAAUGGAAGCAUUCAAUAUUGACAGCAACACGGGCUGGAUCAGUACCUUGAAGGACCUAGAUCAUGAGACAGACCCCACAUUCACCUUCUCUGUGGUGGCCUCUGACCUUGGAGAGGCAUUCUCUCUCUCCUCCACAGCCUUGGUAUCUGUCAGAGUGACAGAUAUAAAUGAUAAUGCACCAGUCUUUGCGCAGGAAGUGUACCGAGGGAAUGUGAAGGAGAGCGACCCACCAGGCGAGGUGGUAGCCGUCCUCAGCACCUGGGACAGAGAUACGUCCGACAUUAAUCGCCAAGUGAGCUACCAUAUUACAGGAGGAAACCCUCGAGGAAGGUUUGCUCUGGGCCUGGUGCAAAGUGAGUGGAAGGUCUAUGUGAAGAGGCCUCUAGACAGAGAAGAACAGGACAUUUACUUUCUCAAUAUCACUGCCACUGAUGGGCUUUUUGUCACACAGGCCAUGGUGGAAGUGAGCGUCAGUGAUGUGAAUGACAAUAGCCCAGUGUGUGAGCAGGUUGCAUAUACAGCAUUACUUCCUGAAGACAUUCCAUCAAAUAAAAUCAUCCUGAAAGUCAGUGCAAAGGAUGCUGAUAUUGGAUCCAAUGGAGAGAUACGAUACUCACUCUAUGGAUCUGGAAACAGUGAAUUUUUUCUAGAUCCAGAAAGUGGUAAGCUGAAAUUUAUUCUUUGGGUAAAUGUCAUUGUUAGUCCAGAAUUUGGAAGACCGUGGCUGUCUGAGAAGCUGGGGCAAGCCUGGAUCCAGAAUUUUGGAAACUUAGCCCUGGUUAACUUUAGACGACAGGGUAUCAACUCUGCUACACGCAGAUCAUCUGGCCUUGCUCUUGCCCACUCAUGUUCCUGUGUCUCUCCCACAGGCAUCAACAGGAAGGUCGUGUACUCCCUGGCAGAUUCAGCUGGUGGGGUCUUCUCCAUUGACAGCUCAUCCGGCAUCAUCAUCCUGGAGCAGCCACUGGACCGCGAGCAGCAGUCUUCAUACAACAUCAGCGUGCGGGCCACUGACCAGAGUCCUGGACAGUCCCUGUCCUCUCUCACUACUGUCACCAUCACCGUCCUGGACAUUAACGACAACCCCCCAGUGUUUGAGAGGAGGGACUACCUGGUGACAGUGCCUGAGGACACUUCCCCUGGCACCCAGGUUCUUGCUGUUUUUGCUACCAGCAAAGAUAUUGGCACAAAUGCUGAGAUCACUUAUCUCAUCCGGUCUGGGAACGAACAAGGGAAAUUUAAGAUCAACCCCAAGACAGGGGGUAUUUCUGUCUCUGAAGUCCUGGACUAUGAAUUAUGCAAAAAGUUUUACCUGGUAGUGGAAGCCAAAGAUGGUGGCACCCCAGCUCUCAGCGCUGUGGCCACUGUCAACAUCAACCUCACGGAUGUUAAUGACAACCCUCCCAAAUUCAGCCAAGACGUCUACAGUGCAGUUAUCAGUGAAGACGCCUUGGUGGGAGACUCUGUCAUUUUGCUAAUAGCAGAAGAUGUAGAUAGCCAGCCCAAUGGACAGAUUCAUUUUUCCAUUGUGAAUGGAGAUCGGGACAAUGAAUUUACUGUGGAUCCUGUCUUGGGACUUGUGAAAGUUAAGAAGAAAUUGGACCGGGAACGGGUGUCUGGAUACUCUCUGCUUGUCCAGGCAGUAGACAGUGGCAUUCCUCCAAUGUCAUCAACUGCAACUCUCAACAUUGAUAUUUCCGAUGUGAAUGACAACAGCCCAGUAUUUACACCUGCCAACUAUACUGCUGUGAUUCAGGAAAAUAAGCCAGUGGGCACCAGCAUCUUGCAGCUGGUGGUGACAGACAGAGACUCCUUUCACAAUGGGCCUCCCUUUUCAUUCUCUAUUUUGUCGGGAAAUGAAGAGGAAGAGUUUGUGUUGGACUCCCAAGGGAUCUUGCGGUCGGCUGUGGUCUUCCAGCACACAGAGUCUCCGGAAUACGUGUUGUGUGUCCAGGCAAAGGAUUCAGGCAAACCCCAGCAAGUUUCUCACACCUACAUUCGCGUGCGAGUCAUCGAGGAAAGCACCCACAAGCCCACAGCCAUUCCCCUGGAAAUUUUCAUUGUCACCAUGGAGGAUGACUUUCCUGGUGGGGUCAUUGGGAAGAUUCAUGCCACAGAUCAAGACAUGUAUGACGUGCUCACGUUUGCCCUAAAAUCGGAGCAGAAAAGCUUGUUUAAAGUGAAUAGUCAUGAUGGGAAAAUCAUCGCCCUGGGAGGCCUGGACAGCGGCAAGUAUGUCUUGAAUGUGUCUGUGAGUGAUGGUCGCUUCCAGGUGCCCAUUGAUGUGGUCGUGCAUGUGGAACAGCUGGUGCAUGAGAUGCUGCAGAACACUGUCACCAUCCGCUUUGAGAAUGUGUCCCCUGAGGACUUUGUGGGGCUGCACAUGCAUGGGUUCCGGCGCACCCUGCGGAAUGCGGUCCUCACCCAGAAGCAGGACAGCUUGCGCAUCAUCAGCAUCCAGCCCGUGGCAGGCACCAACCAGCUGGACAUGCUGUUUGCGGUGGAGAUGCACAGCAGUGAGUUCUACAAGCCAGCCUACCUGAUCCAGAAGCUGUCCAAUGCCAGAAGACACCUGGAGAAUAUCAUGCGCAUCUCAGCCAUCCUGGAGAAGAACUGCUCAGGGCUGGACUGUCAGGAACAGCAUUGUGAGCAAGGCUUGUCACUGGAUUCCCACGCGCUUAUGACCUACAGCACGGCUCGCAUCAGCUUUGUGUGUCCGCGUUUCUACAGGAACGUGCGCUGCACCUGCAAUGGAGGACUGUGCCCGGGGUCCAACGAUCCUUGUGUGGAGAAGCCGUGUCCGGGAGACAUGCAGUGUGUCGGUUAUGAAGCCAGCAGGAGACCGUUCCUCUGCCAGUGUCCACCAGGAAAGCUCGGAGAGUGCUCAGGGCACACUUCUCUCAGCUUUGCUGGAAACAGUUACAUCAAAUAUCGGCUUUCUGAAAAUAGCAAAGAAGAGGAUUUUAAACUAGCUCUGCGUCUUCGAACCCUGCAAAGCAAUGGGAUUAUAAUGUACACCAGAGCAAAUCCCUGCAUAAUUCUGAAGAUUGUGGAUGGCAAGCUGUGGUUCCAGCUGGACUGCGGCAGCGGCCCAGGAAUCUUGGGCAUCUCGGGCCGUGCUGUCAACGACGGGAGCUGGCACUCGGUCUUCCUGGAGCUCAACCGCAAUUUCACGAGCCUGUCCCUGGAUGACAGCUACGUGGAGCGGCGCCGGGCACCCCUCUACUUCCAGACGCUGAGCACGGAGAGUAGCAUCUACUUCGGCGCCCUGGUGCAAGCAGAUAACAUCCGCAGCCUGACUGACACGCGAGUCACACAGGUGCUCAGCGGCUUCCAAGGCUGCCUGGACUCGGUGAUACUGAAUAACAACGAGCUGCCACUGCAGAACAAGCGCAGCAGCUUUGCGGAGGUGGUGGGCCUGACGGAGCUGAAGCUGGGCUGCGUGCUGUAUCCCGACGCGUGCGAACGCAGUCCGUGUCAGCACGGGGGCAGCUGCACUGGCCUGCCCUCCGGGGGCUAUCAGUGUACCUGUCUCUCACAGUUUACGGGAAGAAACUGUGAAUCUGAGAUUACAGCCUGCUUCCCAAACCCCUGCCGGAAUGGAGGAUCCUGCGAUCCAAUAGGAAACACUUUCAUCUGCAAUUGUAAAGCUGGGCUCACUGGAGUCACGUGUGAGGAGGACAUCAAUGAGUGCGAACGAGAGGAGUGUGAGAACGGAGGCUCCUGCGUGAACGUGUUCGGCUCCUUCCUCUGCAACUGCACGCCGGGCUACGUGGGUCAGUACUGCGGGCUGCGCCCCGUGGUGGUGCCCAAUAUCCAGGCUGGCCACUCCUACGUGGGGAAGGAGGAGCUCAUCGGCAUCGCCGUGGUCCUCUUCGUCAUCUUCAUCCUGGUGGUCCUCUUCAUCGUCUUCCGCAAGAAGGUCUUCCGCAAGAACUACUCCCGCAACAACAUCACGCUAGUGCAGGACCCGGCCACCGCCGCCCUGCUCAACAAGAGCAACGGCAUCCCGUUCCGGAACCUGCGCGGCAGCGGGGACGGCCGCAACGUCUACCAGGAGGUAGGGCCCCCGCAGGUCCCCGUGCGCCCCAUGGCCUACACACCCUGCUUCCAGAGCGACUCCAGGAGCAACCUGGAUAAGAUCGUGGACGGGCUGGGAGGCGAGCACCAGGAGAUGACCACGUUUCACCCCGAGUCGCCCCGCAUCCUGACAGCCCGGCGGGGCGUGGUCGUGUGCAGCGUGGCCCCCAACCUCCCCGCCGUGUCACCCUGCCGUUCUGACUGCGACUCCAUCCGGAAGAAUGGCUGGGACGCGGGAACUGAGAACAAAGCGGUUGAUGACCCGGGAGAAGUGACCUGCUUUGCAGGUAGUAAUAAAGGCAGCAACUCUGAAGUUCAAUCCCUCAGCUCCUUCCAGUCAGAUUCUGGUGACGACAAUGCCUAUCACUGGGACACCUCUGACUGGAUGCCAGGGGCCCGCCUGUCGGACAUAGAGGAAGUGCCCAACUAUGAGAACCAGGAUGGAGGGUCUGCACACCAGGGGAGCACACGGGAGCUGGAGAGUGAUUACUACCUUGGUGGUUAUGACAUUGACAGUGAAUACCCACCCCCUCAUGAAGAGGAGUUCUUGAGUCAGGACCAGCUGCCUCCUCCUCUCCCGGAGGACUUCCCGGACCAAUAUGAGGCCCUGCCACCCUCCCAGCCUGUCUCCCUGGCCAGCACACUGAGCCCGGACUGCAGGAGAAGGCCCCAGUUCCAUCCUAGCCAGUACCUCCCUCCUCACCCAUUCCCCAAUGAAACGGAUUUGGUGGGCCCGCCUGCCAGCUGUGAAUUUAGUACUUUUGCUGUGAGCAUGAACCAGGGCACAGAGCCCACAGGCCCAGCAGACAGCGUGUCUCUGUCCUUGCACAAUUCCAGAGGCACCUCAUCCUCAGAUGUGUCAGCCAACUGCGGCUUUGACAAUUCCGAAGUAGCCAUGAGUGACUACGAGAGCGUAGGAGAGCUCAGCCUCGCCAGCCUUCACAUUCCCUUUGUGGAGACUCAGCACCAGACUCAAGUGUAGAUACCACAUCUUGGGUAGUUCACCCUGUUUGUUACAGAAAAGUGGAAGCUGAUUGGCUGGGCUUGUGUCCCAGUGGAGCAUCGUCUGUGGAAAGAGAAGGGAAUAUGGUAUUUUUCCACUAGAAACUUCUUCACAAGUCAUACUGUCCCAACAAGCAAGCUUGAUUCCAGUUGGGUGAAAAUGAAAGGCUCAGAAAUUGUUUUGGAGAAGUGUCUGGUAAUCCUUGAUGGAGGUACCUCUGUUCACGGCUAAAAAUGCAAAGAGGGAAAAAUUAUUUCACCCAUUAAGUUAUACAGCAGUCUUGUAUGGCUUUGUGCAGUGUUGUACCCUGGAAAGUGUUACAGCGUCAGUCCUUGCAGUAUUAAAAACUGGCAACAAUCAGAGGCAUUGUUGCAUGUAAUUUUGAGCCAAUGAAAUGAAAAUAGUAGUAAUGAUUGUUGGAAAAGUUAGUCUCUUAGGUGAAAGAAAAGAGAAACAAAUAUUAAACAAACCAGAAAAUGGGCUGAAGCCUUUUAAAUCAACUCUAUUUUUUUGAUAAGCUGCCCAAUUUUCAGCUAUAAAAUUAGGUUUGAAUAACAUGUUUAGUAUGCUCAGUUGUUUCUGUUUGCUUGUGUUAAGCAUCCAAUCUAAUAUAGUUGGGUUUUAUGAUCUUUGAGAAAGGUAUCAAUGAAGAGCAACGUGAGGCUUUUGGGUUCCAUUUGGUGGGUGGGGGAGGAAGUUGGAAUUGUUUGAACAUUAGAAAGAAUGUGAUUAUCUGGUUGGUUUUGUGUUUUCUGGUAAAUAUUCCAGUCGGUAAAUCUAACAUUGCUACAGAAGUUGGCUUUGUUCAUAUAGGUUCUCUACAAUGAGAUAUUUUCAGAAGUUUAAGCAAAACUCACAAAUUCAGGGAGAAAAAAAAAAGAAAAAAACGAUACCUUCAAAGUUUGCAGCCUAGAUAGUCACAAUUCUUGAUAAUGCAGAGGAAAGGUGUCUGUUACUCGAAAUCAGUAGCGUCACCAUUAUAAAUACAAUUAUGUUAAGAAAAGAAGAAAGUAGACUAGUUAUUGUGUAUAAAUUAUAAUAGUGCGUGUCUGUCUGGGCCUAUGUACAAAUAUGUGCUUGCACUCAGUAAGGCUGCUCUUGAGGAAAGCUAAUGUGAAGGUUUUGGGAAAUGGACCAUGUUGAAAAUUCUGUCAGCGAGCAUGGCAUACCUUUCAAUUUCUCUGAUCUCUAUGGUGUUAGAGAAACAUCAAAUGCCAUACUUUACCCUGGUUCAGUUAACUUUAUUUUGGUACUGCCAAUAAAGCAAAAUUGUGCUUUUUUUUUUUUUUUUUUUUUUUUUUCUCCUCGAGACAGACUCUCGCUCUGUCACCUAGGCUGGAGUGCAAUGGUGCAAUCUCGGCUCCUGGGUUCAAACGGUUCUCCUGCCUCAGCCUCCCAAGUAGCUGGGAUUACAGAUGUGUGCCACCACACCCAGCUAAUUUUUUGUAGUUUUAGUAGAGAUGGGGUUUCACCAUGUUGGCUAGGCUGAUCUCAAACUCCUGACCUUGUGAUCUGCCUGCCAUGGCCUCCCAAAGCGCUGGGAUUACAGGCAUAAGCCACCGUACUCAGCCCAAAACUGUGCUUUUUAAAAACAGUAUUUUCUUAUAAUUUUCCAGAACUAACCUCUGUUUUUAAAAUGUGUAAUGUUUGAUUACACCCUGGGAUUCCCUUCUCAUCUGUGGGCUUUGGCCAUGAUUUCCAAAAUUAACAGGAGAAUCAUUCCACUGAAAAUAUAAAAAUCCAGUCCUCAAAACUUAAAGUUGAUAAGUUGAAUGACUUUCCUCUUUUGCUUCAAUCAGAUUAUGGCCGCCUGUGCAGUGGCCAUGGUAAAUAUAUGCAUAUUUGCACUAUCUGCUUAAUGAGCAAAUCUGUGUCCACAGUUUCUGAUGACAUAUGGCAUUGGUGUGUAACUUGUACUGUCCCGAGUCUGUGCAUUAUUCACUCAGACAUAUUUUUAGUUAUUUCAAUUGCAUUUAAUCCACUUACUUCUUUUUUAUGAGUCAGUGUUUCUGAAAGUUUAUGCAAAAAAAAAAAAAAAUCCUUUUUCAUUCCCAAACUUUCUAAGUAAGUGGAUACACUUCACAGGUUUUUCAGCCUUUCUCUUCCUGUCUCUUGGUCAGACCUACUCAUGGAGGCAUUAUCCACACUGUGGUCUUGAAAUAAAUGAAUUUCACUAAGGCUGCUUUCGAUAAUAAAGUCUUUGGUAUUUUUCUUAUGUAAGAGGCACAUUUGCAAGAGUCAUGGAAAAAAAUGACAAACUAAUGGCCUAGAAUAGAGUCACUGCUACACUUUAAGUAAUGCAAUGACAUAAAAACCAUCAAAGUAAAACCAACAAUUCAUUUCUUGCCCCCAGGAAAUAUUAGAAUGAGAUUAAUGCCGAUGAGUCACUACUGCUUACACAGCAUCUCUUCAAGGGAGAAUGCCUGACUGACACAGUAAUGAAAGAAUAAAUAGAUCCUAAUGCAGUCAUGAAGCCACCGAAGAAAAUUGUGCCCACCCUUUGCUGUCACCUAUGUAAAAUAUCUCUUUCUUUGGGAUAUUGUCCCCUGAUUUUCUGCAGAAUAGCUCUGCAGCUAAAUAUAUACCAGGCAAGCAUGUAUUAUGUUUUGAUUCAUUAUCUUUAAACACAUGCUAUCUCUUCACUUUUUGGAAAGUUAGAUUUCCCUGUAGAUUACAAAAUGCUUUGCAAUCAGGCCAAGAUGCUACUAGGUGGGGAUGACCACUGAUUCAAAACAGCUGGAAGAGUCCUAUUUGCUAGUCCAAACUCCUUAUUUUAUCAAAGAGGAGACAUACCUAGAGAGGGGAAGGGACUUCCCAAGCUCACAGAGGAAGUUAGUUAGCUUAACAAGGACUAGAACCCAUCCAUCUGGCCAAUAUUCUUUUUACGUAAUAUUUUUCACCCCUACACUGCCUUGAGCAUGGGAGCCACCUGGUUCCGAUGGACCCUCUGACUUCCACCAUUCUUUCUUUGGAAUAUGCUAUAAAAGGAAAUUCAUGGAGAAUAUUUUUCUGGAAGCCAAUUGAUCUUAUGUUUCCUUGCAGCCCCUCUAGGCAGAGGGGUUAUAGAAUUCACACACAUUUCUGUAGACAUUCAUCGAAAUGCUGCUUUUGCCAAAUGAAUGUUUGUAUAAUAGGGAUGAAAUGAUAAUUACAGAGUUCAGCUCAGACCAGUCAUCAGUUGUAGUGAAACUUUGAUUAUACCGUUACCUACUGGUUGCAUUUUUGGUUUUGGUUUUGCAUUUUUUUCUUCCCACCAACACUGGCUACUCUUUGUCCUACCCCCUCCACCAUGAUGAACCAUGUGGAAAAUAUUUAAAUCAAUUGGUGUCCUUCUCAUUUUUCUAACAUGUAUGUGCCACCUCCUGGAAGCCAUUUCCCAUAAUCUGUUGUAGGCACUUUACUAGUAUUGCACACAUUCUGGUUAGAUUGAGAAUAGCUAGACUCUUGGUGCUCGUCAUAUAGUAAGCAAGAACUUGAGGGUAGUAAAAGGUGAAUAAAGUGCAUGCUUCAUUUAUUCCCUUUCCUCUAUGAAUAUUUUGCUGCUGCAUUCUAGUCUAUGCCAGCUUUCCAUGUACCCUUGACCUGCCUAUUCAUGAAAUGCCAUGUAAAAGACUUAGUAACAUGAGUAGGUGGUCCAUGCUUUGAGGUUCGUCCAAUUAGAGAAUCAAUGUGAAAGCCUGGAAAGGGGAACUAGUUUGUAGGAUGUGCCUGGAACUUUCCUUGGAAAUUACUAGCACAUUCUGGAAAAAAAAGCAAGUAGAACAUAUCUACCAUCAGUCCUUUCCUACUUACUUCCCACCCCACCCUACCCACACUGAUGCUAUGUUUGCAUCAUCAAAGUCAGGGGAACUGAGAAAAGAGAUUAUCAAAAUAAAUUAUUAAAGAUCCAGAAAACAGUUUUAUGUGAAGUAAUUCAGGAAGAUCUAGUGUUCAUUUUGCAUGGAUUGUCCAGGUAAUUGUCUGGCUCUUCACUCCGCUGCCUUCCCAGUGCACAGGUAUUGCUAAAGUGGUUAGGCUUUAAUGUUUUAUGAUUUUAGUUUCAAACCAUGGGAAAUGGAGAUUUGAAGAGGCAUUUAUUCCGUGUCAUCAUUUUGUGUGCUCUGUAAGAAGGUGAUUAUGUGUUUUUGCUGGUUUGUGUCCCACAGUGUUCAACUGCACAUUAUUCUGAUGAAAAUCCACAAUGUCUUUGAGCUUCUGGUUGUGUAAUGCUGGGGUUUAAAGUCACCAUUUGUGGGUCUGGCAUCAGUUAAUAUUUAGCCAGCUGGCUAAGAGAUAGGAAAAGAAUAUGGUAUUUCUUUCCUUAUGUAAUAAUGAAAAGCAAUAAUUAAAGUAGGUAAUAAUACACAAAGGCCAUAAUUAGUCUCUUCUAGUGUUUAGAAUGCACUUGAGAAUCGUAGAGUCAUUUGGAGCGUGUUUGGACCGAUUAGUAUGUACUGUAGUACACUUCUGGCAAACAAAUACCUGAAUUGCUACUAUUUAACAAUCUUAUGAGCCCACACUACUGCAUUUUGGGAGUGGCAAAUGUGUUUGGAAAUGGAAGCAGUUCUUUUUAAGCACUGUAUCAGAGAGAUUGUCUUGUACAUUUGCCUGUUGCAAACAGGCUGGUUUGUAAAAGAUGUAUGUUUUGGUGUUUAAAAUGUUUAUAAAAUUGUAUAUAAAUGGUUUCAAUUUUCCAGGCUUUUGUAGAUACUAUAUUUGAUGCCUAUCAGGAUGCUUUAAUUUGGGGGGUCGAAUAUAAUUGUAAGUCAUCCACGCUGUUGGUCUGCAAACUUUUGAGGUAACUACACGCACACAAAAAAGGAUUUUAGAUUUGAAUAUGAUGUUUUUUACUCAUUUCAAAAUGUACUGUAACCUUUCUUUGGUUCUUACUGUUUUCAUUUAACUUUCUCUGUUUUCAAGAAAAAUGUUUUUAUUGACAUUUGUAAAAAAUGAAUGUGUUUUGCCCAGUUAUUAAGUGUUUUAUUUUUAUGCAAUUUCAGAGUCCCAGUGAGGUAUGUCAUUCCUUCAAACACAUGCACAUCCACCUCAACUUGCACACACAUCGCACACCAAACCUUAUGCAAAGGGGAAAGCUAACACUUAGAGUGGAUUUUGUCCCUUAAGAAAAUGGAUUGUUCCUGCAUAUAUUGCUGGUGGCAGUAUUCAGUCUUGUGUUCUUUUUCUAAAAAAAAAAAAAAAAAAAA